AUGUGUAUUCGAGUUCUAGGAGCAAGUAAUCGUAAAUGCGCUCAUAUAGGUGAUGUUAUCAUUGCUAUAAUUAAAGAAGCAGUACCUAAUAUGCCCCUGGAAAAAUCAGAAGUAGUUAGAGCCGUAGUUAUACGUACCUGUAAAGAACUUGAACGUGACAAUGGAAUGAUGAUACGAUCUGAUGACAAUGCAGCAGUUGUCAUUGAUCAGGAAGGAAAUCCAAAAGGAACUCGAGUUUUUGGUCCGGUUGCUCAGGAAUUGAGAAAAUUGAAUUUCACGAAAAUAGUUUCAUUGGCUCCCGAAGUCUUAUAA